GAAGGAAAAACAAGCAGUUUUCUAUUCAUUCAGUCAUUCAGUUUCAGUAGGCUACCGUUGGGGUGAACUGGAGUCUGGUGACAUCUGAUAAAAGAGACUUGUUAGAUCUGUCUAGAUCUAGAUUUCUAGAUUCUAGAUCAAGAUCUACACAGCUCUGAUCGGAUUGAGAUCGUGUUUAUAAAUAUCUUUGUCCUGGAACCCAUCAUAUACAUGAUGACAUGAUGUUACACAGCUGGUUCCUUUUACUUUGUGUUAUUAAUUCUGGUAUUCUCUUGUGUAUACAGACCGGAUAAGAUAAAGUUUUCUUUUGAUCUUUUAUCGUUCCCUAGCCAUAGCAUUGUCAUUGGCAUUGAGUUUUCUGCUUCUCCUUUUCCGAGUAUUGUCAAGGAACGAAAAUUGACUUUGGUGGACCAGGGGCUGUGGCAGCACUAUUCAAUGCUUCCUUCAUGACAGGGCUGUGCUCAUGGGGAGAUGCUAAGUCUGCACCAAACUGGUGUGGUCCUCAGCUAAGAAGUCUGCUGAAGGCAGUGACCCUAUGUCUGAUUGUUGGGAUUUUGGUCAUAAGUAGCCACAUCUCAGCGUUGGAGCUUCAUGAUGGGAUGGAUUUUCUGGAACCGUACACAACUCACCACGGCCCUCGACACAAGAGGCACCGGCAGACAAGAGAAUGCCAGCAUAUCAAGUACGGCAACGUGACCUUCUCAAAGCACCGUGCGAGCCACAAUGACAGUCUUAUUUUGCCAUUAGUGGACUAUCACUAUUACAUCAAGCAGGUUGGGCAGUACUGGGACCAACGGACUCUGUACAUCAACCACCAGGUAGUGAAGAAUCCACUCAGCACAUUUUCUGUUCUAGAGCCGGGCCAUAAAAAUGGCUGCUCAAACAAUCCGGGUCAUCGGGAGACAGUUCAGAACAGUGCCAAACAGAAAAACUGCAUCCUUGCCUCCAACGCUGGCUUUUUCAACAUAACGUCAGACCAGUGUUUAGGAAACAUUGUGUCUGACAAAUUCCUGGUACAAGAUUCUGGAGGAAUUCAGAAUGUACAUUUUGGAGUUACUGAGGAUGGAAACAUUUUCACAGGAUACCUUUCAGAGCUGGAUGUGUUAUUACAGGACUUCUCACAACUAGUUGGAGGUGUUCUUUGGCUGGUGAGGGAUGGAGAGAGUUAUGUGGAUGAGAGUGCUAAAAUCGAGUGUCCAGACACAGAGACUACUGGUACAUUUGAGAGAUUCAUCUCUGUGGUGUCAGCACGGACAGCCGUUGGCCAUGAUGCUGAUGGAAGGAUUCACAUGAUCCAAGUGGAAGGAAAGACAGAUGAGCUGGGAGUGAACCUUCGUGAGUUUGCUGACAUACUGAUAGAUCUAGGCAUUGUCAAUGCCAUCAAUUUGGAUGGAGGUGGUUCUACUACAACAGUGGUCAAUUCUACUCUAAGGAACUAUCCCCCCGAUAAAUGUGUGAACAGCUCGUACAACUGCCCGCGUGCUGUGUCCACCAUCUUGUGUGUCCACGAGCCAGUGUGUUCCCCCUCGGACUGCUCUGGGCAUGGCGAGUGUGUCUUAGGCUUAUGCAGGUGUGACGGCCUCUGGACGGGGGACGCUUGUGAUCAGCUGCUCUGCCCAGCUGACUGUAGUGGACAUGGGACCUGCACUCCUGAUGGAUGCGUGUGUCUGCCAGGCUGGCAGGGAGGUAACUGCUCUAUACCAUGUACAGAAGGCACAUACGGACUCAACUGCUCUCUCCCUUGUAUAUGUGAGAAUGGGGCAAGCUGUGACAAAUCGAAUGGCACCUGCCACUGCCCACCUGGCUUCUCCGGCAAGUACUGCCAGUCAGCAUGCCCAUUUGGCUUCUACGGUGUUGGCUGUAGCCAAGUGUGUCGGUGCAACAGUAGCUGUUACUGCCACCACGUCUCUGGCCUCUGCAAUGUCUCUUUGCCUGAUGGGGACUAUCUCAAAGCUGGGAAAUGUUUGGCCAAUCAGAGAAUGCGAGAACUCAAUCUGGUGCCUCAAAAUACACAGCAAAUCACAUUUUGCAUCACCAGUGUGCCAAUUUUGGCUGUUAUUGCCGUAGCCAGCCUUCUGCUGAAUGUUCUGCUGAGCAUAUUGUUGUCUCGCAUGCGACAAAGACACCGCAAGGAAAUGGUACGUCAGGCGAGGCUGGCGGUGAAGCGGGCACUGAGGAGAUUCCAGUCUCGCACAGAGGACAGCUCAGAGGAGGAUAAUACAGAGGGGCCAGUGAAAGCAGCCAACGGUUAUAAGAAAGUGCCCACUGUCAGUGACUCUGAAAGCAUUGGCUCUGGAAAUGAGGAGGAAUUGUUUUUAGCACCAAAGAAAAAAAAGUCUACGAAACAUUAAAAGACUGGUGCAAUAAUUACACUAUGGUUUUGUAUAAAAAACCAUUACAUCUGUUGUACUGUCUGUAAUGCAUCUACUUUUUUUUGUGUGGACAUCCCCAAUUUUGUGGGUUGUUCGGUGUUCUUUCCUUGUAAGUGCCGAAUGUAUUGGUCAUGGUUUAUCUUGACCUGAGGUUGGUAUUACACAAUUACAAGUUUACCAGCUGUGUAUGCCCUGAGACAGUAUGUUCUCUUUGUGUGUGUGUGCGCGCAGGAAUGGAGGGGGCAUAUGAAUUAUAUACACUCAGGAGAAAUGUUUAGAUUUGUUUGCAUUACGUUAAGAACUUCCCAUGUCUUGCAUAAUCAUGAUACAAUUUUGUUCUUAUACGCUCCUUUCCUGCCAUUCAAACAUGUUGAGCGCUGAAUAAGCAGUGAACCGACCAUGUUGUCUAUAAGUAUUUACUGUUAAGCUUCUGGUCUCUUUAGGAAAGUAGAAAUCAUGGGGAAUUUUUAAAAUCACCCCCCCAAAAAUAUCGAAUAUGAAGCAAAUAGUUUGGCCUAUUACAAACAUUUCUAAGAGGAUUGUACAAUAUUGUGCCAAUUUUCUAUCCCUCAACUUUGAUCGUCAUUGAUAUGUUCCGAAAAUGAUCAGGAUAGGAUAGUCUGCUGCCCUAAAAUAUCCAGGGUUCAGUGAGUUAAUGCUAGAGAAUUUGCAUAUAGUUUAAAAAAAAAAUCUUUCUUCUUACUGCAAAAUUUGUAGCUGAUAUUGUUUAUUGUGUGAACUGAUUAUAUUUUUUUCUGUUAUUUAAACAAGGCGGUACUGUUUGCAAUAUAUAUAUGUCUUUCAGAUUAUGAGUAAAAUUCCUUGACACUUGAUAAUGAAAAAGAUAUAAUUUAUUUGUAUAUUGUGUAAACAUGCAUGCCAUUCCAGUUGUUGUUUAAACUUGUGAAAUCUACAAAUAUCUCUCGGAGGUUGAUAUUGCUGUUUGAUUUUACUUUUGUAAUGUUCAGUUAUUGAUUGAAUCAUAACCCUGGUGUAUGGGAUGCUGUAUUUUAUCAAUUUUCUUAUUGAUAUGAUUUAAGUGAAAAUACCUAUAUAAUGGAAGUGUCUAGGUGUACCUAGACAUGGUGGCAAGGUGCUCCCCUAAAAUGUUGGAUUGUGACCUCUGACCACUGGUUGAAUUUUUUGAAGAAAGUAAUAAGUGGGUCCAAUGCUUCCCAGAAGAUACAAUGGAAGAUGACAGGAGUUUAGCUAUUACUGUCGGACAAACUUUGAAAAGCUUCUCUGAAUUUAAACAGCUAUUAAAGAAAAGAGAAGGAAAACUGUUUGAGUGCACAUCGACUGAAAGUCAUUGGCCUACUAUAUUUACAGUCUACUGGAAUGGAGCAAUAAAUCUUCAGAGAUGCAAAAAAUUAGAAGGUCUAGAUCUAUACUCUGAAAACAGAAACUGGUAUUUCUCGCAGUGCUUAAAGGGGAAACAGACAUGUUUAAAAAUUUUGAUAAUGGAGAAAAAGAAUGAAUCACUUGUGGAACAAUUAAAAACAAAAAAAUAAACUGAAGAAGAAUUUGAAGUUAUAAAUAUAUAUAUGUGCCAUGUACACUCUUCAACCACCGCUAAUGUACCCUGUAAAUUUUGAAGUCAUACGGUUAGGUGGUAUUGGAAUUUUAGGCGACCGAAAAUUGCCAAGUGGGCCCCCUUAUGCAAAUAUAAAAUGUGUCCACAAAGUCUUGACAUUGCACUGUGGCCUAUUUUUUCUCUAUUUUAUUGUAGUUUCAAAACACAGCAAGUGUGCAUCAGUAGACAUGUUCACAUUGUAACCCAGCGCACAAUGGGAAAUAAACACACUUAGAGAAAAAUAAGUCACAAUGCAAUGUCAGGACUUUAUGGGCUUACUGUAUAUAGAUUGACGCCGAGAAAAACGAAUGAAUAAGUUUGCCACCUUCUAAGCACAAGUCCAGAAUUGUUACAACAGAUAAAAACAAGAAAAUUACAGUAUUUCGAACACACAAAAUGCCAUUCUUUAUUCUACAGGACUAUACUAGAGUGUAAAGUGGAGGGAACAAGACUGAGAGACACAUGAUGAUAGAUUGGGGUCUACGGGAGCCAUGGUGGCUGCGUGCUCCUCAACUGGGGACCACCUAGACACUAUUACUACGUACUUCCCUAUAGAAUUCAAUUUGAACAGAAGGUAUAACUUUGAAAGUGUUUUUUAACUCCAAUUUGUAGCAUGAUUUAUUAGAUACUAGGCUUUUAAUUCAAAUGGCAUUGCAGAUGUCAAAGAUUCCUCCUCACUAAUUAUUUUGCUGUUAUGGAUGUCCUAACUUUUCUCAGUUUUGAUUUGAAUAUUUAGACUUGUCUGCCCCAAAGGAAUCAGAUGUAUAAAUUGUUUGUUUUGGGAUUUAAAAACACAUGCUUUCUGGAAGGUUAUCAAAGUUGCUGGUAUCUUCAGCUCAUAGGAUAGUGGUGAACUUUCCUUUUGUUAACCUCAGUAGUUUUCAUCUUUUCAUGAUGUGAAAAAUUUUCUUUAUUUUUUUCUUACCUUUAGUUGGUCAUCGUUCAUGUUGACCCCAAACUAUUACUUAUGCUCAAAGAGGAAAAAAUGGAUAAAAUAGUUAUUUAUUCUGACAAAUUUAUUUAUGCAUGUAAUUAUUAAAAAAAACCUUUUUGUUACUAUUUUCCAAUAAGAUGUGAUUUAAUUGGAUAUCAUAAUAGACUAGUUUUUUUUCUCCUAUUUGUUCUUUGCAUAUAAUGAAAUCACGAAGCUACAGAUGUGUGUGUGUGUGUGUGUGAGUAGCUCCCUUCUUUACAGUGUCCAGUUUCGUCAAGUAUCGUCUGUAUGCAUUUGCUUUUUACAAACUGAUUUUCCUCUGUAAUAUGUAUUCACUUAAAUGUAUACACUGUCAUGUUACUUGUAGCAAUACAAACUCAAAAAGAACGUAACUUAUCUGAGGCAUAUUUUUGUUAACCCUCACACUCUUGAUGGUCUCGGGAAUGACAACAAGGGAAACGACAAUAAUUUUGAACCAUUUAACAUAGUUACUUUUCUUAACAUUAAAACUUUUUUGGUGAUUUUCUCAACUGAAUGUUGUCACUAUUUUUUAGGACUCAUUUUAAUUGACCUCAGUAAAGAUAUGCUAGUUCAUGAAGCUGUUGUAUUCAGCCUCAUUCUAAAAGAAAUUAGUUAUUUGCUGAAUAUAUAUAUUUGGUAUACAAAAAAAAGCAAAGGAUAUUCAAUAUUUUAACGGCACACGUGCAGGCUGUUGGAAAGAAAUUUUAAGAUAUCUUUUAUCUUUGCUUACACUUACACUUGCAUUGUGGAAAUGAUCAUUUAUGUAUGUAUGUCCUGACACACAAAUAUACAGUCUAACAUACACAUAGCAAAAUUGAUGGGACCCAGAAAUGUUUUCGUUAUGUUCGAAUUUAGCUUUGUUUUAAAUACAAAGAAAAUACAUGUAAUGUGAUUGUGAUGCAUAGUCAUGAAAUCUGGCGCUCGUCAAGAUAAUGGAAACAGAGAAACCGACAUUUCUCAGACUCAAAGUGCAUUUUUUAAAUUGAUUUGGGGGAGGGGGGGGGGGUGUUUGUCCAAUAACCUGUCUUUUCCAUGCAUCGACAAGUCAUCAGUGUGGCAAGUAGCCACAGACAGUGCUGAUUUUGUGAAUUUGAAAAUUCGGGUGCUCAACUUGUGAUGGGUAUUUUUGUGCAAAAAUAAUAACUUCGAUGAAAAUUAAUUAUCCUGAUGAUUUCUUCCUUGAUGUAUGCGUCGUCCAGAAAAAGAAUGAAUUCUCUAAGGAAAAUUAGCUUGCAAGUGCAAGAUUUGAAUUCUUUUCGCAAUUUCUUUUUUCUGUGUGUUUGUAAGAAAAAAUUUGAGACCUGGAAAUCUGUUCGCUAUGUGCGUGUGCACUAUAUGCAUGCUUGACUUACUAUGUGUGACUUUUCAUGAAAGAGUGGGUUGUGUCUAUUCCACUGAUGUAUGUGAAUGUUUUAUGCAGUUAUCGUUUUGAAUCAAUAGCAAAAUAUUGCUUGGAACUGGCUUCAUCCGAUGUCACUGCUAUGUCAAGUUAGAUGUAAAAAUAUCCAAGAGGAGCUGAAAGAAUCCAUGUAUGAAUGCAUUAGCUGAUAACCUUUAUCUCGAAGAUUUGGCAUCCAUAGUUGUAAGAAGUUUUUGUUUUAAAACUAUGUCUGAUGUGCAAUCUUUUACAAGUUGAAGUGGUGUUUAGCUCUUCCAUAGUAUUGUAAUGCCUAUUUUAUUGAUCAUAAUUUGAUAAAAGAAUAAACGUUUCGACUGUGUGAA